UAUUUUAAGUUUUUUUAUACACUAAUUUAUACAUAAACUUAAAGUUUCUGUCACUUAUUCUCUUUCAGCUUCUUGCGAUCCCCCCGCCCCCGCGAACGCAACUGAAUUAGCCAUCAGAAAAGUAUUAGAAGCACGUCAUAAUUCAUAUUCAGGUUCUUAUUGGCGAUUACCGAUUAGUAUAAUAUGAUGCCUCCUAUGGGCAAAAAGCAUUGUUGUGGAUCUUUAUUACCUCUUGAUGUGCUUGGUAACCUUCCUGAGAAUGUAAUUGAUGAUAUUCUUGUGCGUUUGCCUUUACAAGAUGCUGUGAGGACAAGCAAGCAUCUUAUCGAAUAAAUGGAGAUAUAAGUGGUGCAAACUUCGAGAGUUGACGCUUGAUAAAACACUUUGGAAAAAUAAAAAGGAUUUAAGAUUCCUUACAAUUUACUUUAGAAAGAUUAUCCACCACAUUUUGACCCUUCAUUCAGGACCAGUUAAAAAGUUCACUCUCUGUAUUGAUUUUUUGGAAAGUUCUCCAAGUAAUAUUGAGGACUUGAUGAUUUUCCUCUCUAAAAAUGGCAUUCAGCAUCUUCUUCUUAAACUUCCUAUAGGGAGGAACCCGCACGAAUUGCCUUCUUCAUUUUUCACAUGUUUGCAAUUGAGGCAUCUGACUCUCCAAAGUGGUCUUAUACUUCCUCCACCAUCCUUCAAAGGAUUUGAUCGGUUAAUUAGCUUGGAAUUACGUGAUGUAACAAUCUCUUCUAAGUUGCUUGAAAGUUUAAUCUCUCAUAGCCCGUUGCUUGAGCAAUUGGUGCUGCAGAUUUCAGACGUUUUAACUGACGUCAUUGAAAUUAAUGCUCCCAUGCUGAGAACCUUCGACUUCACAGGCCGUAUAAGUUGUAUCUGCUUAAAAAGUGUUCCUCUUUUGGAGAAACUUUCACUUCAAGAUGCAGAAUUAUACUAUUUGAAGGCAGCAGAAAAAUGUGAUAUUGCAAAAUUUUUUGAACCUUUAUCUACUCUCGAGCAUCUCCACCUGGCUAACUUGUUCUUGUCUCCUGGAGCAGGUGAAAUACCACCAAGUAUUCCCUUUGUUCUUCACUCUGUCAAACGUCUUUGCCUAUCUGGUAUGUAUUUCGAUCCAUUGGAUGUGGUCACAUCUGCUCUUUGCUUGAUAAGAAGCUUCCCAAAUUUACAAUCUAUGGAAAUUCAGGUGGCGUUAUUUUACAAUGAUGUUCCUGCUCCAGAAUCUCUUCAAGUGGAACGUUUCUCAAAUGUGACGUUUUAUCGCCUCAGAGAAGUUAAGUUAGAAGGUUUUAUUGGCACAAAGCCUGAGAUGCAGCUUGUGGAGCUUCUCUUAGCCAAAUCUCCGGCGCUGGUGAGAAUUCUAAUCAAGCUCAGCAGGUCUGCUAAAGAUUCUGCAAGAGCCAAAAUACUUGCUGUGCUAUCAAAAAUUAAGCUCGCGUCACCUAAAGCAGAAGUUGACUUCAUCUUUUGAUCUUUAUGAGUCUUAUCGGACCAUGAUAUUUGGCUAGAAUUUUGGAAGUUGAAAUGAUUAGGUUGAUACGAAUCUUGAUGCCAUGUUUUCCUUUGCCAUAAGAGACAGAGAAGUCUGAAUCAUUUUGAAGACAUGAAGGAAUCUGGAUGGAUGUUUUGACUAGUCUGUUAUUCGAUAGUAAUUGUUACUACAUUGCUAAAGGUUUUUAUGUUUCGUGCUUGUUCUUGUGCAGUCUACGAUAUUUUAUUUCAAAGUCAUAAAACUGGAUAGCUCUGUGCACUAAGCUUCCACUAUGCGUGAGGUUCAGGGAACGGCCAGACGACAAGGGCUUGCAUUUCAAAGUUAUGUUGCUGGUAUUUUGGCUACCAUUAGUUGGCUGACAGUGCAUAGAGCAAGUUCAUCGGUCAUAACAAAGCGAUCAAGAUUUACGAGUUUUAGAAAUUCUUCUAAAAUUAUUUUUCUUGUCGGUGAACCCAGACUAAAAUCCAUUUGGUUUUCAAUCAUUUUUAAACCCAUUUGAAAAAUCCAUUUCGGAUGCAGUUGGUUCAAGAUCUGUAUUAAUCUUGACGAUAUUAUCACUGCUAAUGCUAAUAUCAUUUAUUCUA